AUGUGCCGAUACACGCUUCAUAUCUGCCCCUACCCUGAUCAUGAUCCCAUUGCCGCUCUCAUCUUCAACCCAGCCAAAGCUGGACUAUGGGAGCAUUGUGACAAGCCAAAGCCUUGGGGCAAGUUGAGCUGCGGAAAUCUCAGCAUCGUCCAUCCUACGAACAUGACCUCAUCAACCGUUUGGCUUUCGCCACCACCUGUCCUUGCUCCACGCGACAAUAAUGUGGGCAGCAUUGGAAACGAGAAGCACACUGCUGCCACCAAGAGCGUUGACCACACUGCAAUCGAGAUCACCGAAAUCACGCCCAAUGAUGAGGAGGUUAUACUUGACGAUGAACCAUGUGUCUUGUGUUCGACCGUCCUCAAAUUGGUGUCGACAAAAUCCAAGGAACUUCAAGAGAUUGCACGCCAGGCCCUAGUCGAAUUCGAGUCAAUCAUGAAUAAGAACCUAGAGUUGAGAAAGAUGCAGGAGACCAUCAAUGUCAAGGCUGCGGAGAUGGAAAGCAUGAGACACGAGACUUGGAAAAUGGCACAUGCCUUACUCUCCCAGCAAGAUGGCAACAUGGACGAGAAGAGCUAG